GUUUGUUGGAAAUAAUUCGGUUCUGAAUAUUAGUUCGCAACUUUCUUGUUUUCGUGACUGAUGUCCCGGAUUCAUGGACAUCCCGCUGAAAAUGAUAGAUACAAAAGGUAAAGUUGUGAUGAACAGUUGGUGGAUCAAGAGAAAAAGUAGGUAAAUCGAAUGACGAGGUAGGAGGAUAUAAUGGAGUUAUUGGAAGGGCCAACAUUUGGACAAUUGCAGAAGAAGGAACAGCAGCCGGUCAUUCAUAAUUUUUUGUUGUUACUGUUGUACCUUGCAACAGUUUCGUCUUGUGAACAGCAGAACAGACCGUGAGCGAAUUGAUGGAUUUUUCUCGUGUGUCUGUGUGCUGGCAUUCGAAAUUGUUUGAGAAGAUUCUCAGGCUUUUCUCCAGACCCAGCCGGGGAUCGACCUGCUGCUUUUCGUCUGUACGCCGCGCCAGUUGCUUCUUCUUUUUAUUUUAUACAUAACAUGGCCCAUUUGAUCGCGCAUUAUAAAAAAAAAAAAAAGCGGUCGUGUUCAAGCUGACGUGUUACUUUAACGAGCGUGAUAUGAUGGGGUAUCUCCCGAGGCGGAGACUAAAGGCGGCCUACCCCAUUCGCACCUUCGAUUCAAAUUGUGCACGUAGGCACAUUUUUACCGAGGAUUCUUCACAAGGAAGAUAAGAUCAAAUAAAAAAUCGUACCGAAUAACCUACCCUAUGAAAUCUCGUAAGCAGAUUACGUAAACAACAUGACUGGUUUUUAUUUGGUCGUUUCCCCUUUUAAAAUGGGAUUUCAUUUGUUGAAACGCACCUGUAACGCCAUUUGGAGUUAAGACGGUCAGACUCGAUAAUGAUGACGGCUGUCCAGUGAGAAUCUUAAGGGUUCAUGCUGUUCUGUGUGUGUAUGUGUGUGGGUAAAAAAGGAAAUGCCAUAAAGCAUAAAAGUGUUCAACUAAAAAACGAUGGGUGGAUUGAGUGCGCGUGGGGGAGGGGAAACGAAAACAGUUGAGAGAAAAAAAAAAGGGAGGCGGAGGCAUCAACGAGCAGAUAAAGCCAACCGAUUGCGGCAAACCUGUUGCCUUCAGUUGGCUGUGAGCCUUCGUUCGCUUCGCAUCCACGUCUGUUCUGUGCUGCUCGAAAUUCCCACCUGAACACUCCAGCACACCUUCGACUUUAUUCAGUGAUCUUUGAAUUAACCGUACAAAAAAGAAAUGUCUUGCGCCGAGUCAUCGGAUGGAGAACGAGCAGUGUCACCGACAGCUGCCGCCACUGUUCGUGAACGCCGGCGAUUGCGAUUGUUGAAACGCAGGUGGAAUCACGGUGCAAUCAGCAAUAACAACAGCGUUAACAACAAUAGCGGAAUGGUGUUGAGCUUCUCGGCGUUCCGACGGGCACGUAGAGUGCGCAAUCAAAGGCGGAUGACUAAAGAAGAAUACCUCAGACUUAAAAAUAUGGUGCCGGCCGUCGCUACACAACCUCGCGUUUCUAAGGUGCAAGUAAUCGAAGAAGCCAUCAAAUAUAUCGAUUCUCUCCACGUGGCCCUUUUUCAACGUCUCAGAGCGCAGGAGUUGGCCUCCACCACCGCCUCCGACACCACAUCCACUAGGGGGCCAGCACAGGUGACGGGGAACGAAUCAGACGUUCAGAUGGAAUCGAGCCAGCUGUGCCGCUGGAUCGGUCACGUUCUGCCGACGCCUCACGCCCUAACAACGGCUCACCUUCUGGUGACCGAACGGCAACAACAGCGGGAGGGCAUCAAACAGCGGCCGUUUUUCAUGGACAAAGUUGAUUGCCUGAUCAGGAAGAAACAGAGUUGAAAUCCUUCCAUCAGAGAACGAGCUGUUGUAUUAAUGUCUGGUUGAUUUCCGGUUGCUGCUAUUUUUGUUGCCACGUUUUAUUAGACUGUUAAACAAAUGGAAGAGGUUCGGCAAGUUAAUCGCAUUCCGGAAGCUAGUGAGCGGCAUACAAUGAUUGUUGUGGAUCGCCAAUCCAAACGGGAUAAUUCUUUUUUGUGUUUAUCUUAAUGAAUGUGUUGUAAAAGUGUUUCUUUUUCGUUUUUGAUAAGUUUUGAAUAACAAUAAAACAGUGUCGAUUUUCAUAUGAA